GAGCGAAAGAGAAAGUAUACGCGAGUAAGCCAGCAGGAAGGCAGGCAAGCGAACGAACGAACAGCAAUGUGUAGUUCACUCAUGUCAGCUGAUACCUAGCGCGCGGCACAGAGGUGGUGUGAAAUACAAAAGACCUUUUUGAAUUUUUGUUUGGCAGAAACGGCCUGCGCCCGUCGCGCUUCUACGUCACUAAGGAUAACAUGAUGGUGAUGGCGUCCGAAGUGGGCGUCUAUGAUACUCCGCCCAGCAAUGUAGUCCUGAAGAGUCGCUUGAAGCCCGGCCGAAUGCUUCUCGUCGAUACCGAAGAGAAGAGGAUCAUACAGGAUGUCGAGCUGAAGCUGCAGAUCGCUCGAAGCAGGCCUCAUUCCAAGUGGCUCAAAGAACAGAGGAUCACUAUGGACGAAUUGCGUGCCGCGCAUGCUACUAAUGACAAUACGGGAGAUGUAAUUGGAAAUGAUCUAUCCGCCGAGACGACUGUCGCGAAGAAAAAUGUUCUUAACGGAGUAAAUGAGGUCUCGGCGGUGAAUAAAGUCUGGAGCGGCGAUAAACGACUCUCUCUUUACGGUUACACUCUGGAGACCAUCAACCUGCUACUUUUACCCAUGAUGCAAACCAAGAAAGAAUCAUUAGGAUCCAUGGGCAACGACGCUCCCCUGGCAUGUUUGUCGGAAUUCCAACCAUUAUUGUACGAAUAUUUCAAGCAAUUGUUUGCGCAGGUAACAAACCCACCGAUCGAUCCGUUCCGCGAAAAAAUCGUGAUGUCGAUGCUCUGCCCGAUCGGGCCCGAAAGCAACAUCCUGGAAACGAGCGAGUUGCAAGUACAUCGCUUGUUCCUGCCCCAACCGAUACUGUCCCUGAGCGAUCUCGAGGUUCUCAAGCGCACGACGCAUCGCGGCUGGCGAACAAGAGUGAUCGAUAUCACUUACCCCAUUGAAGACGGUCCCAGCGGCUUGUCGAAGACGCUGAAUCGUAUUAAUAAUGAGGCUAACGCGGCUGCCAGAGAUGGUUAUCAGCUUCUCGUGUUAUCCGACCGACAAGGUGGUCCGUCAAGAGUUCCGGUAAGCAGUCUGCUAGCUCUGGGUGCCGUUCAUCAUCAUUUAAUCGAAGAGAGACAACGAAUGAAGGUCGGUCUUAUUCUGGAAACAGCGGAGGCUCGAGAGGUUCAUCACAUCUGCGUGCUACUCGGUUACGGAGCGGACGCCAUAUGUCCUUAUCUAGUAUUCGAAAUGGCGAAAAACCUGAGGGCAGAUCGCGUUUUCGACGAGACCUUCACCGAUGACGUUAUCUUUAAGAAUUAUGCGGAGGCUAUGGAACGAGGAAUCGCGAAAGUGAUGGCCAAGAUGGGAAUCUCAACUCUGCAAUCUUAUAAAGGAGCCCAGAUAUUCGAGGCAGUUGGACUAGCCGACGAAGUUAUCGACAAAUGCUUCAAGGUACACUUCCUUUUCGAAUCUCAGAGAGUAAAAUUAAAGAGAAAUUAAAUUCCUAUAUCUAUAUAUAUCAUUCUUUUAUUAUAAAAAAAAACUUUGGAUUAAUGUAAAAUAUUUCCCGAAUCUAGAACACAAAAGAUAAACUGAUCUAGAUUUAAAAAAAAAAAAAAGUCAUUUUCUUCAAAUCUUUG